GGCUCCUAUCACAACGUAAAACGCACCAGUGAUGCUACAACUUUCAUUCAUGCUGUGAUGUGCCGAAGAGAUGUGGCCCUCCGGAGCGGCCUCUGCCGGACCUCCCGGCCCGUCGGUGGCCACGUGUGCAGUGAAAAGUGCCGCAGGAACCCAACGUGCGCCCGUUUUUCGCCCAGUCGGGAAUUUUUCACAGGUUUCUAAAAAACCAACAAGUGUUCACUAACUCGUAAAAAUUUGUGUUGCCAAAAUGUUGUUCGGUGUUCGAAAAGCCAGUGUGGAAUAAGUGUCGACUUUUGCAGAUGUUGUCCAAGAAUGAGCCUCAGACGGAUACGGCAAAAAUGACUCUGCGAGUGUGUCACGUGGCGAGUGACGGUCGUGAGCGGGCCAUCUUCCCCACAGACAUUUCACGCCACCCCCAAGAUGCUUUCCGAUCCGUCGCGUAAACGCUUAAGCUUCUGAGUGAGUGCCCGGGCAACAUAUCAUGCCGAAUCGUCUCCGGGUCGUGAUCAAAUAGACUAAAAUGUAGUAGGACCCGCGGAAAAAUGAGUGAAAACGUGCACCGUAUCGCCGACGGUACCAUGGCGCCCGUCAUGGCGCAGAACUAUGACGCCAACGUCGACUACGUCAUCAACGAGUACAUGGAGCGACUUGGCACCCGCCUGAACAUCCUCGAGACCGAGCUCAAGUACGCGUGGCGCGCUCUGGACCUGUUGUCGCAGGAGUACAUCAAGAUGUGGGAGCGUCUGGAGAAGCUGGAAGGGUUGCUGUACGAGCAACAGAGCGUCAUCUCGCAGCUGCUGGACUUUUACACGUCGGGAGGGGCGGGGUGCAGGCAGAACAUGGGGGCGGGGGCUGCGGCGGUUCUGGACACCAGGCUGGGGGAGCUGGAGGUGAUUCGGGAGAUUCUCGGGAACGGGACGGUGGAGGAUGGGUUGGAGGAGGGUCUGGAUGUGAGUAGAGUGCAGUCGGCGGCUAUCCAAGAACUGGAGUUGGAUGAAAUGCACGUGCCCGACGAGGCGUUCUACAGGAGUUUGAAUCAAGCGUACAGGGAAGAUUUGGUGGGGUGCGACCUGUCGGCUCAAGGGAGUCAGCUGGGGAUGAUCUGGGAAGAGCGCGAAGAUGCAGACGACAACAACGAGAAGAAGAACGAGCUGAAGAAGUUGGAGCAUCUGGAUGAAUCCGAAGAGGUGUUUAGUGCGUUAGAUUACAAAGACUAUAGAGGUAACUCUCCUUGUGUUAGUGAACAGGAUAUAGCUCAACUUUCUCGUAUAGAUACUAUAGAUCAUGUAGCGAUCGAAAAGCUGAACGAAUUAGACAGACUGAGUAGCAAACUACAGCAGGACUCGGAUAAUAUCAAACAGUUGCAGCGGAAACUUUUAGAGUCGCCUAUAACCAUCUCGCAGGAAGGCGAGACCAAAGCUUUGGAAGACAACUCGAAGUCGUUGGACGAGCACUUGAGACACAUGUAUAACGAGUCCGAGAGCUGGAGCUUCUCGAGUAGCUCGAGAGAUCAAGACGAGCUCAUCCUGCUGGCAAAAUCCGAACUUCCUAAUUCCAUCCCGUAUUCAACUAGACCUAGCUCAAGAUUAUCCGUGACUGAUAGCGUUAUAGGAACCGAUACCGAAGUAGCCGAAGUUUUAGCCGGUGGAAUCCGAACACCAACAUCGCCUAGACGUCGUUCUGAAGUGAGCAGUUGUAGCGCUCCUUUCACCACCGUGACCGGGAGGCUCGCCUACAGCGCCGCCGUGCAACAUGUAGACGCCGCGGCGGCCGCCAACUCCAAAAACCCCUUCUACUGCGGCAACUCCUUGAUCGCAGCAUCCUACGAAACAGUUCCUUGCUCCACCCCCAACAUCUUCAACAUCAAAUCCGAACGAGCCCCCUCUCCUUCGUUAUCGGUUUGCAGCGUGAGAACGCGCCAAGACGGUUACAUCGCUGCCGGCACAACGAAUUCCGAUGAAGUACAAAGUAAAGGGGCGUCGCCUAGUCCGCCGCCACCUGCUCCUCUAGACGUAUGCGACGCGUUCCUGAUGCCUAAUAGUACAGCUCCUGUACCACACACAGGACCUAGCCCAGUCUUCCUCGGUACAGACGCGGUACCGUCAUCGUCAAUUAACCUAGAACCGAGAAGGUCGCCAAAAACAUCUCCCAAGAGAAACAAGUCGAACAUAGUAGCUGCAAAGUCCGACUCGGGCUUGUCAUCCAUGAGCGGCUGGUCCAGUCUGGAAAAAUCACCAGGUUCUCCCAAAAACCUCACGUCGAAAAUCGCUGCCUUAAACUACUACGCUGAUGCCGGGGCGAGACAGGCGAGCAACCGCCCGGCGUCUCCGGCGCCGGUCCAACCCGACGAACGCCCGUACCUUGAAUCCAACACCGAUUCCAUCAUCACCCCACACACCAAUAUCUUGCCGGGGGGACAUCAUCUUUCGGCCUUCACCACGGUCAAGUCUCCGUGUAGCUUGGAGACGUCUGAAGGGUACGGGACGUUCGUGCCCGCACCCGCUCCUGCGUCCGAUAUCAACGUGAGCCCCCGCCGGAAAAAGCACCACGCUACGAAAGCCAACUCGUUCGGAGAGUUUAUGUACCGCAACGACCAACCUGCGAUUUAUUCGGUGGCGGGUAGUAAUAGGGAAACGUACACGUCGGUCUACACCAGCAACAGCGCAGAUUACAUCAACCAAACUAUCAACUAUCCCGAUUUGAUUGAGCCUUACGAAAACAACGAAUUCCAUAAUACACAACGGCAUUUUACAUACAAUUCGCUUACAACGACCCAGGCCCCAACCGACUCACCCGGUUCUGGAAGAAGGAGGUCUUUGUCGAGGAUGUACUCCACGAGUAACGGCCACGACGGAGUCGCCAAUCAUGAAGGUUACAAGACGGCGAUGUACAGAACCAUGUUUCCUAGUGGAAAUAUCACGGACGCCCUUUCCUACUACCCGACAUCAUCAAGGUACGAAAGUGGGGUCGUAAAUUUACCGCAAACAGACUACAACGAUCCUUCGGCGUGGCUGAGUUGUCCUCCGGAUGGACACUACCAGGACAGUGCGAGCCCGAGUAGCUCAAUGAGGUCGACCGAAACGUCGGACUACAACCAGAGUCCUUACCUGGAUCAAAGGAGACAACCCCAGCGUCACCAACAACCCAUAUACGAAAACCAGACGCAAAUCGACCAGCACAACAGGCAGUGGAACCAAAGACAAGAAAUACCAUACCUAGAGCUAGACCUGAGGAACAGGAACGUUCCGGAAUACAUAGUACAGCAACAGCAACACGGAGACAAUAAAUACUUUGACGCUAGCAACGUUAUAAUCACGCAAUCAGGGUACAUUACUAUAAACUCAGAAACCGUUGAUACUCACCGUGACGAAAAAACGAAAAAGAGUAAAAAGGGGAACACGCUACGAUCCGCGAUGAGUUCAGUAAGUCACUGGCUGCCCGACCUACACCUAACCAAGCGACACCGGUCUUACUCCCUCCCGUCAGGCGUAAGACGAGAAGACUUAGAAAAGAGCAAAAGCACCCACGUCAAGAGCAACGUCGCCCCUCGUCGGAAAAAAAAGAACGCUAUUGUGUCCACGGUUUCCGGAAUACUACAAAAAGCCAAACGAAAAACCCAUUUCCAACAACCCACGCAAUCUUUAUCCGACCCAGAACAGUCCGAAAACGAAUGGGUCCUACACCGAGCGAGCUCCGUCGUCUCCGAAGACGACCGAAGCGAAGACAGCUACAGCCUCUUCGAAAACCAACCCGACCGCGAUUUAUUCGCUAAAGUCUCCAAACCCAAAACCAGAAACAACAGUCAACAAGAAGCCGCCCCCAAACCUGAAGAAGAUCAAUUACAACUUCAGUUCGAACCGGUGAAGAAGUCUCCACAGACCAGCGACGCGAGUCCCCGGCAAGAGCAAGAUUUCAACGGCGACGCGCUCGCUGCCGAAGAAGAAAUUUCAGGAAAAAGUACGGGCAGCGGCUCCAGUACUAUUUUUCCCACCAUGGGCGACACCAAAAGAAGUUCGGCGUCGUCAGAAAAAAGCGACGAAACCGUCAUCACCGAAAACAAAAUGGUAGUGGUAGUGGGUGGAGCCUCCAUGGAAUUCGCUGUGUCAAGAGCCUUGGGUAAAUACAGACAACAAAAGCAGACAUCAUCGUGUUCAGACGACCAAUUGUCCGAGCAAGGUGUGGUGAUCGAAGAAAUCGCCAGUGAAGAACACCAAGAAAUUGAAGAAAACAAACCCGAAAAACUGGUCGAACAAGCGUCCACUGAAAGUCAGUAUAGCGAUACGAGCAAAGUCGUCUCCAACGGUGAAUUGACUCUCGAAGGAAGCCCAUCAGCGUCCAGUUUACGAACGCAAGUUCACAAGUACCUGCCACGACACCAACAAAGCUUGGAGAUUCCUGGCCACAAAGGCGAAGACGACGAUAGCAAAAGUACGCACUCUUGGCGCAGUACUUCUCGGGUGUCGUCACGACGACAAAGCACCGAAGACAGUAUUGACAGCGAAGACGAAUGGUACUGCUACGAGCUCCGUAAACUCGAAGAGAUGGAGCGCCAGUCGCAACUGGAAGCCGAAAUGGGUGCCACUUUACGCGAAGAACCCGAACUGGAAGAGUUCUACGAACCGUACGAAGAAGUCAAAGAAAGAAUGUCAUUCGUUUUAAGAGAACUCCGAAUGAAAGCCAAAGUCGUCGAAGGGGUCCUAGAUGAAAAAGACAAUAACAUCCACGUUAUCCAGUCGGCGAAGCACCGAGAAAACAACAACCACAACUCGUACGAAGUGGAAGAAGCCCACGCUUUGUUCGACAAAAUCAAUGAAUUUAAAGAAGAACCCGAGGAAGAAGAACCAUCCCGUGAGCCGUCCCCUCCACCUAAAGACGAAGAGCACUCGUCAGGCGAAACCUCGGGUCCUGACAGCCCGCACAUCAGUGUCGACGAGGAAGAAGAAGACGUCAACCAAGAGUUCGCCAGGUGUCACGUACAAAUGAAAGAGAAACCGCUCGAAGAGGCACCGAUCGAAGAAGAAGAACCGAAACCCGAGAAGACCCCCGAGUUGCCUAAAAUUAAAAUAGACGCCGACACCACCAAACCCGAACUAGCUAAAGAAGCGUCCGCUCAAAUGGGUAGUAAAUGGAAGCUACUCAAAGCUUUGAAAGAACGUAAGGCGGAAGAGAAGAGUAACCAAGUUAAAGUUCCUGAAACGACGACUGAAAAGGAUAAAAAUGGGUCGGGACUCAGCGGCGACUCGGCCAACAGGGCGAAUGGACACCCUGGGGAUAAUCCAUUCUACAGCAACAUCGACAGCAUGCCGGACAUCCGACCCAGACGGAAGUCCAUACCCCUCGUAUCCGAACUGACCAUGGCGGCCAAGAGGAACGCCGGACUGACGUCAGCCGUUCCCCGAGCCACCCUCAACGACGAAGAACUGAAAAUGCACGUGUAUAAGAAGACUCUGCAGGCGCUCAUCUACCCGAUCAGCAGCACCACCCCGCAUAACUUCGUGCCGUGGACGGCGACGUCUCCCACGUACUGCUACGAGUGCGAGGGCCUGCUGUGGGGCAUCGCCAGGCAGGGGGUGAGGUGCACAGAGUGCGGGGUCAAGUGCCACGAGAAGUGUAAGGAUCUGCUCAACGCCGAUUGCUUGCAAAGGGCCGCCGAGAAGAGUUCAAAACACGGCGCCGAAGACAAGGCCAACAGCAUCAUCACCGCAAUGAAGGAGCGAAUGAAGCAGAGAGAGAGGGAGAAGCCCGAAAUCUUCGAACUGAUCAGAACUACAUUUUCAGUGGAUCCAGACACACACAUUGAUUCAAUCGAGCAAGCGGAGCAAAUGACUAUAGAAGGCACAUCCAAGUGGUCAUGCAAGAUUGCAAUCACAGUCAAAUCCGCACAAGGACUUAUCGCUAAAGAUAAAAGCGGGACCUCCGACCCCUACGUCACGGUACAAGUGGGGAAAGUAAAGAAGCGCACGAGAACUAUGCCCCAGGACCUGAACCCCGUCUGGGACGAGAAAUUUUAUUUUGAGUGCCACAAUUCCUCCGACAGGAUCAAAGUCAGGGUUUGGGACGAAGAUAACGACCUCAAGAGCAAGCUUCGCCAAAAACUGACGCGAGAAUCCGACGACUUCUUAGGGCAGACGAUCAUCGAAGUCCGUACUCUAUCGGGCGAAAUGGACGUCUGGUACAACUUAGAGAAACGAACCGACAAAUCAGCUGUUUCUGGUGCUAUCCGCUUACACAUAUCUGUCGAAAUCAAAGGUGAAGAAAAAGUGGCCCCAUAUCAUGUCCAGUAUACUUGCCUUCACGAAAAUCUUUUCCAUUAUCUGUGUGAACAAAACUGCGGAGUAGUCAAUUUGCCGCACGCCAAAGGGGACGACGCUUGGAAAGUCUAUUUCGAAGAAGCCGGUGAAGAAAUAGUAGACGAGUUUGCAAUGAGAUACGGUAUAGAAUCGAUUUAUCAAGCCAUGACGCAUUUUCACUGCCUCUCGACGAAGUACCUUUGUCCUGGAGUCCCAGCCGUUAUGAGUAUGCUGCUUGCCAAUAUCAACGCCUACUACGCACACACGACGGCAACUUCGGCUGUAUCCGCAUGUGAUCGCUUCGCGGCUUCCAAUUUCGGGAAAGAGAAAUUCGUAAAACUACUAGAUCAGCUUCACAACUCCCUUCGAAUAGACUUAUCCAUGUACAGGAACAACUUCCCAGCCUCGAGUCCAGACAAACUCAUGGACUUGAAGUCAACCGUCGACCUUCUAACCAGCAUCACCUUCUUCCGGAUGAAAGUCCAAGAGUUGACGAGUCCUCCUCGUGCGAGUACCGUUGUGAAAGACUGCGUUAAGGCCUGCCUCAGAUCCACAUAUCAAUUCCUCUUUGAAAAUACGUACGAGUUGUACAAUCGAGAAUUCCAAAGUGAUCCGAACGAGCCCAAGAGGGAUCCAGAAGAUCACGGUCCAAGACUGGAUAGCGUAGAUUUUUGGCACAAACUCAUCGCACUUAUAGUUUCGGUGAUAGAAGAGGAUAAGAAUAGCUACGGGCCAGUGCUGAACCAGUUUCCGCAAGAACUGAACAUCGGACAGCUUUCGGCCGCCACCAUGUGGAGCCUCUUCGCCGUAGACAUGAAAUACGCCCUCGAAGAGCACGAGCAACACCGCCUGUGCAAAUCCUCCGCGUACAUGAACCUUCACUUCAAAGUAAAAUGGUUAUACUCGAACUACGUUCGAGACGUGCCUCCGUACAAAGGUGCAGUGCCUGAAUAUCCCGCAUGGUUCGAACCUUUCGUCAUGCAGUGGUUGAACGAGAACGACGACGUUUCCUUAGAAUACCUACACGGUGCCUUCAACAGAGACAAAAAGGAUUGCUUCCAAAAAAGCAGCGAGCACGCUCUGUUUUCUAAUUCUGUAGUGGAUGUGUUUACCCAAUUGACCCAGUGCUUCGACGUCGUUUCGAAACUGGAGUGUCCCGACCCGGAGAUCUGGAAACGGUAUAUGAAACGGUUUGCGAAGACCAUCGUCAAGGUGCUGAUUGCGUACGCGGAUAUUGUUAAAAGGGAGUUCCCGGAACACCUCAAGGAGGAACGAAUAGCUUGUAUUCUUAUGAACAACAUACAACAACUACGGGUACAAUUAGAGAAGAUGUUUGAGUCGAUGGGUGGGGAGAAACUUGAAGAGGACGCAGCAAAUAUAUUGAAGGACCUUCAGCAGACUUUGAAUGGGUGUUUGGACGAACUGGCAACACAGUUCGCCUUGAGUCUCGAACCUCGAAUAACUUCAAGCGUGAAAGAACUGGGCGACUUGUUGUUGAACAUCAAGGGUGGUGGUCAACCCGGUACUAGUCAACCGGCGCAACGAAACGUAGUGGCGGGUGAAGCCGACGAGGUACUUCGACCUCUGAUGGACCUCCUCGACGGGUCUCUCUCCCUCUACGCUCAGUCCUGCGAGAAGACCGUCCUCAAGCGUUUGUUGAAAGAACUGUGGAAGAUCGUGAUGAGGAUCCUCGAGAAGACCGUAGUACUACCUCCCAUGACGGACAAGACGAUGAUGUUCAAGAGUCUGACGGACAACGCUCGGAGCUUAGCCACCAAAACCAAAAAGAUCGAAGAUAUGUCAUCCAUCUUCAAGAACCACAUGACGGGCAAACAGGACAUGAAGAACGCCCUCAGUGGCGUCAUGGACAUAUCCAAAGAAGUCGAGAAGAACUUGUCACCUAAGCAAUGCGCCGUCUUAGACGUGGCUCUAGACACCAUCAAGCAGUAUUUCCACGCCGGAGGCAAUGGUCUCAAGAAAGCGUUCCUGGAUAAAAGUUCAGAACUGCAAAGUUUGCGUUACGCCUUAUCUCUAUAUACGCAAACUACCGACACUCUAAUAAAGACUUUUGUCACGACGCAAAUCAAUGAAGAUACCCUUGAUGGACAGGAGGGCAGCGUGGGGGAGGUCUCCAUUCAAGUCGACCUGUUCACUCACCCCGGUACCGGAGAGCACAAAGUAACAGUCAAAGUGGUGGCUGCCAACGACUUGAAGUGGAACGUGGUGUCGGGGAUGUUCCGGCCGUUCGUGGAAGUGAACCUGAUCGGGCCUCACCUUUCCGACAAGAAGCGCAAGCACGCAACCAAAUCAAAAUCGAACAACUGGUCGCCAAAAUAUAACGAAACAUUCCACUUCACAAUCGGUAACGAGGAGCAGUUGGACUACUUCGAGUUGCACAUUUGCGUCAAAGACUACUGCUUCGCUCGAGAAGAUCGGCUGGUCGGGGUUGCUAUAAUGCAGCUGAAGGACAUCGUGGAGAAGGGAUCGUGUGCGUGCUGGUUGUCGCUGGGCAAGCGGAUCCAGAUGGACGAGACGGGCUGGACGAUUCUGCGUAUUUUAUCUCAACGCACAAACGACGAAGUAGCGAAAGAGUUCGUCAAGCUAAAGUCGGACAUCCGUCAGGAGAACCCCCUUCCGAACCAGUGAGACGGCAGUGUUUCUCUGUAGCAUGUUCUUAGCGCUACAAACUUACAGCUGUGUUCAUAAUUCAUUUCAAGCAGUGUAUAAAUUAAUUGUUGAAUGGACCGUCCUUACAGACUGUUGACGUAAAAUUACAUGCAGUUUGAUAUCAUUAUAUAACAUUUAAAUAAUAUUUAUGUGCCUCCUCACCCGAACAUAAACAAUAAGAUUAUUAUAUGCCAUUCACUGAAGAAAAGGAAACUUCAUGAUUGUCUAAUCACACAAAUAUUCAAAUGUAAAAAGUACGCAAUAAAAAAGCAUAACAUAUUUACAUUCCUCUCAUGUAUUUGUACUUAAAAUGUGAUUCAAGUAGUAUAAGAGAUUAAGUAAUAAAUAUCAUAGAUAUUUUUUUAUGCAUGGAGGACUUUGGAUCGCAAUCAUAAUAUGUGCAACAUAAUUUUCAACAUCUCUCUCUAUUCGCACAAAGAAUUUUGUGUUGUCUAGUUAGUACAGGUGGCUCACAAGUGUAACCUCCGAAAAGGGAAUGUUUUUUUACAAUAUAGUCGUGCGAUAUUUCUGGGUCACCUGUAUGCAGCAAAGUUCGAUGUCUAAAGAGAAUAUUUAACAAAUUGAGCCUUACAUAUUUGAUUCGUGCGUUCUCUUUAAACUUUUCGCUUCUAAAUAAAUGUGGACAUUCUGCAUCGCAUUCUUCACUGUGAUAUUCAAGUAAACAGUGUGUAUUUGUGUCGUCUGUGUUGUACUACAUGUGCCGAAUCGCAACUUAAUGUCUAGCAGCGUUCUUUUUUCAAAAAACCAACGUUUUCACAGCUCUCGUCAUAGCAAGUCGACAAUACUUUGAUUUUUUGAAGCAAAAUUUUAAUGUUUUUGGAUAAGCGCGUGUUACUUUAGAUGUAAGUGGUAGUACAGUUUGGAGUAUGUCGAGAACUGAUUAGAUAAAUUACUGAAAUUCUACUCAUCUGUAUCAAUCAUGAUCUUCCAUACUAUUCGAAGUGAACAAAAUUGAUCACGAAUCUGUUUUAUGCGCAUCAAAAAUUUAUUAUUAUUAUAAAGUUCCUUAAUGUAACAUAAUUCAGGCAUAAAACAGAUGGUGGUAUCUCUAUCAUAUCCAUUUGCGGUGCUCUCAGUCCAUAAUCUCAUGUUAGACUGAACUUUCAUACAAUAACUUUCUUGAUGUUGCUACAAAUAUGUUCGAUAUAAAUAUCUCACUAGAUUUUCUCCACCCAUCACCUAGACGACGUUUCUUUCGAUGGUUGAGUGUAUUUUUUCUGGUUCUUUUCGAAUUCGCUGGUGACGUUUAAAUCGUACAAAUCGUUAUGAUAAACUUAUCUGUACAUGAAUAGUUACAUUAUAAAGGUUUUCUAGAUUAUAUUCUAUUCGUAAUUUAUAUGUAUAUGUAAUUAGACUACAUGAAUACAUGUCUUUUUUAAUUUUAUAUAUAUU